AUGGUAUCAACAAGAUUGAACAACCGUGAGAGACAAACUACAGAUAAAAAAAACUGUUAUACUUGUAAUGCCUGUGGCAAAAAAUUUACCACAAAACAUCAAAUUGCUAUCCAUUGUCAAUUGCAUUUCGGUGAAAUUCCAUCUCGGAAUGAGGUUCAUGAAGAAAAAAUGGUAUCAACAAGAUUGAACAACCGUGAGAGACAAACUACAGAUAAAAAAAACUGUUAUACUUGUAAUGCCUGUGGCAAAAAAUUUACCACAAAACAUCAAAUUGCUAUCCAUUGUCAAUUGCAUUUUGGUGAAAUUCCAUCUCUGAAUGAGGCUCUGGCUGGUGAAGUAACUAAGUCAACUAAGACAAAACAAAAAUGUUUUAUUUGCGAUGUUUGUCAUGCAACAUUCAAAGAAAAACACCACGUGGCACGGCAUUGCAAAAUUCAUACUGGUGAUAAACCAUAUGGGUGUACUAUAUGUGGAAAGUUGUUUAGAGACCAAUCAAAUUUAAAAAACCAUAAAUGCACCCGGACAGUGGAAAAACGGUUUCAAUGUACCCAAUGUGGGAAAAAGUUUAUGAAAAAUGAUAAUCUCCUAGUUCAUUAUAGGACACACAGUAACGAAAAACCAUACAAGUGUGAUGUAUGUAAUAGAACAUUCUCUACUAGUGGAAAUCUAUCAAGACAUAAACGGACAGAACCAAAACGUUUGGCUAGAGUUUUUGGAUAUUUUGAUUUUAAUAGAACUUUAGUUCAAUAA